UAUUAUAACAAUUUACACUCUCAUAAUUAUCAACAAAAAUUUCAAUAUUUGUGACUAGUCUAAAUCAUCAUAGAUCAUAGUUGUGAUCUUGAUGAUGAAGGACAAUAUAUGUAACAUAUUGCAGGGUUUGAAACCAACGUUGUUGAUGGUUAUGGUUCAAAUAGCAUUUGCUGGUGUUAAUAUUCUCUACAAACUUGCUGUUAACGAUGGCAUGAACUUAAGAAUCGUCGUUGCAUACCGUUUCAUAUUCUCAACUGCUUUCAUAGCUCCACUUGCUUUCAUCAUUGAAAGGAAGAAGAGGACAAAGAUGACAUGGAAGAUACUGUUUCAAUCAUUUCUGUGUGGUUUAUUUGGAGGUUCAUUAGCUCAAAAUUUCUACUUACAAGCUUUGGUUUUAACUUCACCAACAUUUGCAUCAGCCAUGGCCAACCUUAUACCAGCUAUAACUUUUAUCAUGGCCGUUUCCUUUGGUUUGGAAAAAUUAAAUUUAAGAACAAGAUCUGGAAAGGCAAAGAUAAUAGGUACAAUGACAGGAAUUAGUGGAGCAAUGGUAUUAACAUUUGUUAAAGGUGUUGAAAUAAAUAUUGGUUCAUUUAAUUUAAACCUUUUACAUCACCAAAACGGUGUCGUAUCAAAGCACUCACCACAAGCUACUACAAUCUCCACUAGUAAUACUAUUUUGGGUUCUCUAUGUGCUUUGGCUAGUAGCACCUCUUAUGCAUUAUGGCUCAUUAUUCAUGCAAAGAUGAGUGAAAAGUAUCCAACUCAUUAUUCAAGUACAGCAUUGAUGUCAUUUUGGGCUUCAUUGCUUUCCAUUGUAUUUGCCCUUUGUUUUGAAAGAGAGUUUAGUGAGUGGAAGUUGGGGUGGAAUAUUAGGUUACUAACUGUUGCUUAUGCGGGUAUAGUGGUUUCUGGAGCAAUGAUUUGUGUAAUUUCAUGGUGUGUACACAUGAGAGGACCAUUGUUUGCAUCUGUUUUUAACCCUUUGAUGCUUGUAUGUGUGGCUUUGGCUAGUUGUACUCUGUUGAAUGAGAAACUUCACCUUGGAAGCAUUAUUGGAGCAGUGUUGAUUGUAUGUGGGUUAUAUGCUGUUGUAUGGGGAAAAAGUAAAGAGAUGAAGAAAAAGAAUCAAUUAGCUCCAUCACAAAGCACUGAUGAACUUGACACAGUUGAAAUAGUUGUGAGGCAUGUAUUAGAAGACAAAAGCAACCAUACUAACAACAAUAGUGAUCACAAUAAUAAUUUACAUGUUAUUAAUGAUAAUGAAAAUUCACAAAAAGAUCAACAUGUACAAAAUCAAGAAAAAGAAGGAGGGGUAUAGAAGAAAUAUUAGUGCCUAAUAUUUAUAUUAUAGUAUACAUUUAUAUAGAUCAACCGAAAAAGUAGAACUUGUUAUUGCCCAUAAUUCUAUUAUUAGAACUUAUUUUGAUUCUCCAACUUUGAAAUAUUUCAGAGCAUAACAAAGAGUUUGAGGAACAAAAAACUAAGAAAAACAGGAAAACACUUCAAAAGAACAUAGAGUGUUGUUUAAUUGAUUUAUGUUAGAAAUAGUUUAUUAAAAUUUUAGUUAACUUCAUAGAUUUAUGGAUCUUAUGUUAGUUAAUGAUGUUAUGAUUUGGUGUGCUA